UGUAAAGUUUAGUGAAUAAAGUUAUUCAUUUAAAAUGACCUAUUUAACUUGUGAGAUUCUUCAUUUCAUAGCCUGUGAUUAAUAUAAAGAUUCAAAUAAUCGCGGUAGUUGAUUUUCAAAUGAACGCCAGUCAGCAGAGAACCUUAAGACUAGAAAGGGAAUCCACCAAUCAAAGAAUAAUUCUUUAUAUUAUUCGGUGGAUCCGAAAGGUAGGACGUAACACUAUCCAUACUUUUACUGUUCGAUAAAAUACCGUUGCCACAGAAACAGGAUCAAAACAGUGCAGACAGUGCGUGUUUGCUGUCGUUCAUCAACUAUUAUUUGUUUUUGAAGUUUGUGAACAAAACGCAUAAAAUUUUAUGAAAAAGGAAUAUAAGUACUGGAUAAUUGACAGCGAAAUGGAAGAUUCUGACGAUAUCAGUCCACUCCAGUCAGAAAUUAAGAGCCAAGCGUGGCAAAAAUUAUCGAAGCAAGUUCCAAUAGAAGAACAAAAAUCAGAUGUGAAUUUCGAAAUUCUUGAGGAUGAGGAUGGUGAUGCCGAAUCUCAACAGCCCACCUAUCAAAUUCGUCCAAAACUUUCUGAAAAGUUUAAACCCAUGAAUGCAAAAGAAAUAAUACACAGCGUACUAUACGACCAACUCUCGACAAGAACUUUCAACGAGGAUGAUGCGUAUCAGUGGAGCAAAGAAAUAGCGGACAUAAUCAAAUUGAAAAUGAAGGAAUUGAAGUGCAAAGAGUACAAAUUCAUUGUAAACGUUGUUAUGGGCGAACAGCGUGGCGCUGGUGUAAAAAUGGGAACGAGGUGUAUUUGGGACGCUGAAGCCGAUAGUUACGCCUAUGACAACUUUGUGAACGAUUCGUUAUUUUGCGUGGCCACGGUGUACGCCAUUCACUAUUAUUGAGAAGCAAUCAGGAUGUUUUUCUUUAGAAGACAAUAUCAUUCGAUUUUUUGAAAAGCUGUAUCUAUGUAAGAUUUACAUUUUGUAAUAAUGUCGGGUAUAUUUAUUUUAUUAAGAGUAUAUUUUAAAGUCUUUUCAAGUUUAAUUCCUGUUAUAAUUGUGUCUAUUUUGUGAAACGCAGUCGACAAUUAUCGCUUUUACGCUCGCUAAGUUCUAUAAUUAUUAUAGCACCAUAAUUCACGGAUGAGGUCUACAAAGCUAUGAUUAAAGAGUACAAAAUUAGUCGCAUCAGAGUUACU